AUGGAAACUCGAUUCUCCGACGACGCCUUACUUCGCACCUUUGACUUGGUGCCAGGUUACCAAACCAACAGAACUUCCCGGUUGCCCCCUCACAGUUUUUAUGGUCUCUGGUGGGUCAAGUUUUGUGAUUAUCUCCGAUGUCAAAUUAUACCUGCCUUCUAUGCUGAAGAACCUGCCUGGUACCAUGUGAUGCAAUUUCUCAGCUUGACUGGCUGGGCUGGGAUGAUGAUCACGAUGGUAAUGCUGAUCUCCAAGAGACUGGACAUGUACCUACCACCAACAUUCCGCACCAAUCGCCUACUCACGGUUUCCUCCUUGUGUCUUUUGUCUGUAUCGGCCAUUUCUACUAGUAUUAUCAUGUUUUAUGCCAAGUUGGAUGAAUCAAGCCCAAAACAGACUCCACAAAUGUCUUGGUCAACAGAAUUGGCCGGAGCUGCAUGUAUCUUUGAACUGAUUGCUGCUUUGUUGUUAUUGACUGUAUCCUGA